AUGGUGGAAGAAGAGAAAUUAAGCAAGUCUUUAGAGGCUCUUGCCAAGGUUGAAGAUGACGUUGAGGUGGUCGAGAAAGAAAUCGAAUUACUUAGGGCAUCGAAGCUUGCCCCGAUCUACGAAUCUCGUAAGAAAGCUAUAUCAGGAAUAAAUGGUUUUUGGAAGGUGGUUUUAUCGCAACAUUCGGAUUUUGCAAAUUAUGUGCGCGCUGGGGACCUGAAGUAUAUCGAUUGUAUCAAAUCGCUUGAUGUUAAAUGGCUAUGUGUUGAAAGGAAAGAUGCGGAUCAUCGUGAUUUUAGCGCGACUUUUGAGUUCGAAGGAAUUGAGGGGGAUUUUGAAGCACAAAGCAUCACUAAAAUAUUCAAGAUCGAACACGAUACUUCGAAGUUUAGGUACAGAGGUAAACGAACAGAGGAAGAUGAUUUCAGAGAUGAAGAACUAGGUUUUUUAAGCAGUGAACCAUGUGAGAUUAAAUGGCCUAAAUCAUUGGAUCGUGUAAACCCUUCUCUUCUUGUUGAUAAGUCUAGUAUCGAAGGAAAGAAGAACUAUCGUACCGGUAUGAAAUCCUUCUUCUCGUGGUUCAAAUGGACUGGGCUGAAAAUUGGCAAAGAGUUUCCAAACGGCGAUGGCUUGGCUAGCCUAUUAUGUGACGAUAUUUUCCCUAACUGUACAAAAUACUAUACCGAGGCACAAGUGGAUUUAGAGGACGAGAAUCUUGAAGAUGAAGAUUUGAGUGAUGAGCCGUUACAAUUGGACCUAAGUGGAAGUGAAAGUGAUUCUGAACAACGAGAAAGUGACACCAAACGCCAGAAGCUUUAA